CGACUGCCGCACUUCAUGCCAGAAAGCUGCCUCCACAUUGCCAUGGGUCUCUUGGUUGGUGCAAUUAUUUUUGGCACAGAUCACAAAUCCCCUCCAGUAAUGACCACAAGCAUCUACUUCUUGUACCUACUCCCACCCAUUAUCCUGGAAGGAGGCUACUUUAUGCCCACCCGCCCCUUUUUUGAAAACAUUGGAUCCAUUCUUUGGUGGUCCUCAAUGGGGUCCCUCAUAAACGCCUUCGGCAUUGGGUUCUCACUUUAUGGGAUUUGCCAGAUCGCAGCUUUUGGCCUCAAGGAUGUUACCUUACUGGACAACCUCCUGUUUGGCAGCAUGAUUUCAGCUGUGGAUCCUACGGCUGUCUUGGCUGUCUUUGAAGAGAUGUCUGUUAAUGAACAGCUUUAUAUGAUGAUCUUUGGAGAAUCUUUGCUAAAUGAUGGGAUAACUGUGGUCUUAUACAACAUAUUGAUUGACUUCACCCAGAUGCAUCGCUAUGAAGAUAUUGAAGCUGUGGACAUCCUGGCUGGAUUUGCUCGCUUUUUUGUAGUGAGCUUUGGAGGGCUGCUCUUUGGCAUUGCCUUUGGGUUUGUGGCUGCCUUAAUGACUCGAUUCACACAGAACAUUUCUUCCAUCGAACCUCUCCUUGUCUUCAUGUUCAGCUAUUUGUCUUACUUAGCUGCAGAAACACUUUACAUUUCUGGCAUUUUGGCGAUUACAGCAUGUGCGGUGACUAUGAAAAAAUACGUGGAAGCAAACAUUUCCCCAAAUUCCUACGUAACGACAAAAUACUUCAUGAAAAUGCUGAGCAGCAUCAGCGAGACCCUGAUAUUUGUGUUCAUGGGUGUGUCCACUGUCAGCCGAAACCAUGAGUGGAACUGGGCUUUCAUUGGCUUCACACUGGUCUUCUGCACACUUUGGAGGGCAAUAAGUGUGUUUUUGCUCUUCAGCAUCAGCAACAAGUUCCGGACCUACAGAUUUACUCUUAAAGACCAGCUGAUUAUAAUCUACAGUGGCCUGCGAGGGGCCAGCAGUUUCUCCCUUGCCUUUUUGCUUCCUCUUGCUCUCUAUCCUAGAAAGAAAAUGUUUAUUACAUCGAUUAUUGUGGUGACCUAUUUUACCGUUUUCAUUCAGGGAAUCACCAUUAGGCCACUUGUAAAGUACCUAGAUGUUAAGAAGACUAAUAAAAAAGAGUCCAUCAAUGAGGAAAUUCAUGUGCGACUCAUGGAUCAUCUAAAAGCUGGCAUUGAAGAUAUAUGUGGACACUGGAGUCAUUAUCAACUGAGAGAAAAAUUUAAGAAGUUUGACAACAGAGUCCUAAAGAAGAUCCUAUUAAAAAAGCAUCAGCCAAAAUCCAGCAUUUUUUCUGUAUAUAAGAAACUGGAAAUAAGACAAGCCAUUGAGAUGGUCGAAAGUGGGGCAGUGACACCAGCAACUUCUAAAUCCUCUUCUGUGAGGUAUAGAAACCAAAGAACACGGAGACUUGGCCCCGAAGAGGUGGAGUCUAUACAGAACAUACUUGAACACAAUCUGUAUCAAGUGAGACAAAGGACACUAUCGUACAACAGGUACAACCUUAGUACAGAUCCAAGCGAGAGGCAAGCCAAAGAGAUUCUCCUGCGACAGCAGCACAGCCUGAGGCAGCCUACGAAGAAAGGAUAUAGCCUACCAUGGGGAGGACAGGCAGCCAUGAAAAGUAUGCGCUACUUGUCUUUACCCCUUCGCAAUGCUCAACCAGUUCGAAGUGAAGCUAGGAAUGAUGAUGAUCUAACAGGGGACUGCAGCAGUGACUCUGAAUCUGUGUUCAUGAAGUUUGGUUCAGAGUCCCAGCCAGGGGCACAUUCACACCGAAGAAAGUGGCCACAGCAAGAGUUACUUCCAAUGAAGCAGCUGCAUUCAAGAACCAAAUCAGCUGGUUUUACAGGUCAAAGAAGAAGAACAAAUGAAGAGGAUGAAAUAGCCAGAAGACAAAGGCCGCUGUUACCACCAAAGCCACAUCAGAGAGUGGCCCUUGAAACUGAUAUCCAGGAACUUGAGCCAGAGGAUGAGGAGUGCCAGGCACCAUUUCCAUCAGGACCUUCCAUCAAAUGGACAGUAGAAAACAGACCAAAAAGAAAACAUUUUGAUGGGCCAAAAAGGCACUUUACUCAGAGAAAAGAGUGGCUCCCCCCUGCCCCUCACAAAAGAACAUAA